GCUCCAUUUCUCCCCCACGUUGAAGCGCUAUCACAUGGGAUACGGAGUCUAGGGGUUAUUGUUAUUUCUAUUAUGGCGGGGUUUAUUCGGUAGGUUUAUGGCUAUAUUGAUUUUAUUUUCUAGGCCUAUCAAAUUCGAAAAUUUACAGUUGAUAUUCGGAUGUCUCAGAGAAAUCUGACAUAAUUGAUGCUUAUCAUUGCAUGGGGACUUCAUAUCGGUUGAUAGGUUGAUCAAUCCUGCUAUUAACCCCUCAACUCUUUGUUCUUAUCAAUCUCUAUGCCGCCCCCUACAUCUGGCCAUUUUUGUAUGAGCUGGAGGUGACAAGAUCACUGGACAUCUAAGGCUAGAGUAUGUCCGCCGAUUUCUGGGCUGGCUACAUCAGUGGAGCUGUUGGCAUAUUAAUCGGCAAUCCGCUAGAUCUCAUCAAAGUUCGACUGCAAGCUCGCGAUGCCAUAGCUGCCCAGACAGCUACGUCGUAUGUACGACAAUUCGAGAGCAAGUCUGCUCUGGUAGCUGGGACCGCCGCUCCCGUUCUUGGAUAUGGCGCCCUGAAUGCCCUUCUGUUUGUAUCAUAUAACCGCAGCGAGGCUGCUCUUAACACCGCGUUCAAUACUCAAUCGAAUCUCUGGACGACAUGGCUGGCUGGCGCCAUUGGCGGUCUUGCUACUUGGGUUGUGAGCACUCCUACCGAGCUGAUAAAAUGCCGUGCUCAGUUAUCUUCGCCUCCUGAGUCAAGUUGGACUAUCGUUAAGCAAGUCCUCAAAACAGAGGGUACAAGGGGCUUGUACUUCGGUGGUGUUGUUACGGCGCUGAGGGAUAGUGUCGGAUACGGGUUUUACUUUUGGUCCUAUGAGCUGACGAGCAAGUGGGUCGAGUCUAAUCGGCCAAACGCCUCCGCUUUCUCGCAAGAUGCGGCCAAGGUCUUGCUCUGCGGGGGUCUGGCUGGCGUCGUUACUUGGGCUAGCAUAUUUCCCCUUGAUGUCAUCAAGACUAGGGUUCAGGCGCAAACUUUCGGCGCGGCAACGACGCCGCUGCUUAGUUCGUCUCUGCCCGAGCAGAGGCGCUUGGGUGCGAUCGAAACUGCUAGAGAUGCGUAUAGAGAAGGAGGCACACGAGUAUUUUUCCGGGGCUUGACCAUAUGCAGCGUCAGGGCCUUCUUCGUCAACGCAGUCCAGUGGGCUGUCUAUGAAUGGAUCAUGCUCGAACUCGGCCAGGGGAGAGAUAAAAGAGUAGAGCCCCUAUAGGCGAAGAUAAUGACACGGCAUCAUAAGCGAGAAGAUUACAUUGAUAAUACCGAAGACUGAAGACCAAUGAGUUCACUGAGACGACCCCUUGUUGCUUGGAUAUCUAUUUGUCCUGGGAAGUGACCAAA